UGAUUCAUUGUAUUCAGUUCCAAAAUCAUCGAUUCCAGAAACUCGUUCAAUAACUUCGGCAUAUUCAACUAGAAGCACUUUACCUGAAUUAUUACCAGAAAUUAAACCAACAUCCCCGAUGUGGGGUUCCAAUAAGGAUACAAAUUUUUCAUUUAGUAACUACGCGUCAUCUCCUCCUGAACCACUAUCACAACUCAAUGUAGCAGUUUGGCAAUCUAUGGUAAAAUCAUCGACUGAUGAUGAUGAUGAUCAACAAACCACACCGACUCAAAAAAAUAUUCCAUCUUCAAAAACUUAUGGAUACUUAUCUUCUAUUGCUUCUAUUGAUAAAGAUGAUGAUUUAUUACCGCAAGCUGCUCCUAUAUCACCUUUAAAAUUUGAUAUACCUGAACUUGGAUUAUUAGAUCCUUUACCAAAAGUUCAACAAUCAUCAACGCAUAAAGAACCUACAUCAACUGCUCCAUUGAAACGUGAAUUACCUGAUCCAAUAUCAAAUACAUAUACUUCUCCAAAUUUAAUGUCUGAUGGUGAUAGAAGUAAUUGGGGUUUUUGGAACGAUUCUCCUCCAGAAUCUCCUAAUAAAUUUAAGUUAGAUUUGGAUCGAUUUAAUUCAUAUUUAAAUAAAAAAGAUCCAGACGGUGACCAUGGUGUUACAGGAUUGAAAAAAGGAAAAGGAAGAAAGUACAGUACUUUUUUAGAUAAGACAAACAUUGACCAACCGGACGUUUAUAAAGUUAAAGCUGGAACAAAGUUAGAUAAACAUAAAUCUUUACCAUUAACUCAAGAAGACAUUAUUUAUAAGAAAGAAAUUCAUGAAACUCGUAUGGAAAGUGAUAAAAUGGAUCAAAGUGAUGAUUAUAUAAAUUCAGAAGAUAAUAGUAUUCCAAUAUUUCAAAGGAAACAAACACGUCCAUCUAGAAAAUCAAUUCCAAAUUUUUAUCCUUCAAAAUCAAAAAAAUCCAAAUUAACAGAUGAACAACCUCAUGGAAUGACAAUAAAACUUCGAAAAUCGGGAAAUUUUCAAACUUUUCCUUUAUCAGAUGGUUCAAAAAUUGGAGCUAAACGACAAAAAUGUAAACCAAUACAAAUUUUAAAAUUUCCUUAUAGUACUAUUAGACCACAAAGAAAUACUUUAUCAUCAGCUAGUGCACUCAAAAAAAAUCCAUUUCUUAAAUCAAUUAAAAGAAAUUUUGGGGAUCGUAAUUUACCAGAAUAUACAUUAUCAAAAAGUAAAAUGUCUUUUAUGGUACCACAUAAUUUAGCAUCAGUAGAAUUUGGAAAACUUAAUCAUUCUGUACCUGAUCUUACAGUACGUGUAAGGCAUCAAAAAUUUAGUGAAGCAUUUCGAAAAAUUAAUAUGACAGUACCAGAUUUUACAAGAUUUGAUUCAAUAAUGAAAGAUUUUGAUGAAAAAAAGAAAUCCGAAUUUAAUUUGCAAAUAAUGAAUGAUUUAGAUUCUGAUCCUUCAAAAAUAACAAAAUUUAGUAUUAAUCCAUUUGAUGAAUCUGAAUCAAAUGAAUUAUUUAAAUCUGGUUCUCCUUGGAUACAUUUACCACAUUUAGAUGAAUUUAUAAAAAGUUUACCACAAUCGGAUUUUUCAAAUCCAAAAGAUUUAAUGACUCAAGAAGAAUAUGAAAAGUUUAUGACAUCAGGCAAUAAAUUAGGAAAAUAUGCAGAUUCUUUAUUCCCACCGUUGAAUCAGAUUCCAGAUGAUGUUUCUCUAGAUGAUCUUAAAUCUAAUAUAACUAGUAAAGAGAAAUCACCAAUGCAUAAUGAUUUAAUAUCUACUGCUAUUGAUGGCGUUCUUAUUGCUGAAGCUUCAGCAUUUGGAAAUACAUUUAUGAAAUUAGAAAUUUUGAGAGAUUUUAUACAAUUUUUGACACUUGCAUUGGCUUUUGGAAGCGCAGGAACAGUUGAUGGCUGGUUAAAAAUUUUAUUAAAUACUUUACCAAACUUUUUAACUUUAUAUUGGUUUAGAAUUAUGACUAAAUGGGAUCCCAAUGCCGACGCUGAGGGACUUGAAACAUUUCCAUGGAAUUUACGUCCUCAAGAAAAACGUCAUCAUAAUAUAGUAGUAGUAUUCAUCUUAACAACCCUUUACCUUCCUCUAUCAAAACUUUCAAUAGACGCUUUAGUAUGGUCUAAAACAUUUUGGCCGCCAGUGGGUAAUGGACAAAAUGUUUGUUAUGUAACUAGUAUGAGAAAUGGUGAUUUAAAUUUUUCACCAGCGAUCAUAGUAGUUGCUUUAAUAGUUUUAGGUGUAUUUACAAUUUGGUUUCCUAUCGCUUUGAAAAGAUUGGUAGAUAAAAAUUAUCCCAAGAUCGAUGGAUUUAAUGAAGCCGGUGAAAAGAUUACUGAUGAAAUUAAAGAAUAUUCUAAAAGAUUGGAAGAUGACCCUUGUCCUUAUAAUUUCUUGUAUAAUGGAUAUAGUGAAAAAUGGGCAGCUUAUAAAACAUUUAUAAUGGCCAAUAAAUUUCUCAGCAUCUUAUUAAUUUCUACAAUUUCUGAAGAUAACUGCAUAUUCCGUUAUGCACAAGAAACUACUAGCAUUUCAUUAAUUCGUCAAUCAAUACAAAUUUUUUUAAUGCUCUUACUUUUAUUCAUACAUUGGAGAAGUGAACCAUUCCUCCAUCCUUCACAGAACAUUAGUGAAUAUUGGUCUCGAUCAGGUUAUGUGAUUGCAGCUAUUUUAGGAAUGUUUGUAGUAUUAAAAAUUGGAGAUUAUAAUAUAGUUUCUAUAAUUCUAGUGAUUAUUAAUUUAUUUAUUGGACUUUUGGUGGUUUGGCAUUUAUUUAAACAAACAAAUGGAUAUAAAAGAUUUGUUAAAAAUAUGAAAAAACGAUUAGAUUUUAGUCUUAAUAUAUAUUCACCAAAAUUAGAUUUUUCUAAGCAUAUUAAACGUCGAGUAUGGCAAGAAACUUGGACCUCAUUAAUUUUAACAUCUGAUCAACUUAAAAUUCCACCUGGAAAAGUUAUAGCUUAUUCACAAUCAUCUCAUCGACCUCCAUAUUUAUUAAAUUUUUCAGGAAGUGUUGCAGAACGACAUGUAGAAAAUUUAAAGAUUAUGAAACAAAUUGGGAUAAAAAAAUAUACAACUUCUUUGGCUCCUUUACCUAUUUCUUUAGAAAAAUUAAGGUUAAAAAUAGUAAAUAAUUUUGUUGGACCUGAUAUGUAUUACGCACCAGAAUUUUUAAAUAUCAAGAUAAAAACACAUUUUGGUAAAGCAUAUGUAGUACCAUUUCCAUUUAGCAUAGUAAUGUGUUAUGAUGAUGAUGAUAGUAUAGUUGUUUUAACACAAGAAUGGGAAAUUCGACGGUACGUAGAACAGAAUGAGAAUAAAGAAAUUCAAAGAAGAAGGUUGGUUAGACAAAUGAUUAGAUCUUUGGAAGGAAAAAUUAUUCUUGGACCUUGUUGUGCGAAAGGUGAUAGAAACGAAUCUGAAAUUCAAGAAAAGGGAUUCUUUGAAAAUUCAAGAUCAGAAGUUCAUUAUCAUCGUGGCCUCCUUCAAAUCAGACGUAACCAACGUUCAAAAUGGCGAGGUCAUAACAUGAAUUCAGGAUUUGAAAUUACCAUUACUUAUUCUGACAGAAUUAAAUCGGGUAGUACAUCAUCAACUCGAUCUGAUAGUUCAACACUUAGUGAAGGAGCACCAUUUCAUGAAAUAACAGUUGGUCAUAACAUUAUUGGAAUCACAGCUGAUUUCCAAAUGACACCUCAACUUGAACGAUUAUUUACCGAUAAUUAUGAAACUUUAUCUAAAGGACUCGAUUUAGUUCAAGCAAUAAUGCAACAAUAUAGGGAUCAUUAUAAAGAUGAAGCAGUUAAAAAGAUGGAAACAUUAACAUAUGGAUUCUAUAUAAAUGUAUAUGAUAAUCCUUCAAUACCAUUAGAAUCAUUACCAGCUUUAUUAAUGGCGACUGAAACCAAUGAAAAAGUUCGAUCAAUUCCAGAAACAGAAUAUUCAUCACUUAUUUAUUUAUAUGAAAGAAUGAGAAUAAUAAAUUUAUCAAGAGUUCAUCAAUGGUGGUACUUAUUUUGGGAAGAUCUUUGGAGAAAAAAUCAUAAAGAGAUUGAAGAUUUAAAAAAAUAUCCUCAAGAUUUUUCACCAGCUUAUAGAACAAGUUUAUGCUAUAGACCAAUGAUAAGAUUAGAAUUAGAAGAAUUUUUACAAAAACGUGGUCUUUGGAAGAAUGAAGGAC